UUGGACCACAGUAGUUCUAACCUUAUCAGAGGCUCUCUGUCCCAUUGAGUGAAUCCGCCCAUCCUAGGAAAUGAGGGCUUCCUGUUGUUUUAUAGAGCCUUCCUGCAAAAAGGUUGAGAUAUGUAACCCCUGACCACCAGGGAAGACGGACAGAGCAUUGUCAGGCAAAAUGACAGCCACUAGCUCCUCAUUUUUGUUUUCUGGGUGUUUUGUGACUCUUCUCAUCUGGGCAGGAUGCGCAACAGUGGUUUGUCUGGUUGAUGUAAAGUUAACGAAUCAACCGGCCACAACAAUUGGGUAUCACUCAACAGAGAUGACGGUUACCAAUGCCACUUAUGGAGAGUCUACCUUGUCAUUUGUUUGUGGGAAUAAUUCUCACCAUUGUCAGGAGUAUUGCAGCUUCUGUUAUAACUUUUAUGGUGCACCAACAAUGGACUGCCUUUCCAUCAUGCUUGACCAUCUAUGUCUCCUCAAAUUUGAUGGCGCAAUGGCAUCACUAAACAACACUGACUGGUGCAGUUGGGGCAAUGUGAGCGUUUUAUAUAGUAACCUAAGCCUUUGCACAGAGGAGAUAUCUGACUGUCUGGUGAUCCCAUGGCCCAACCAGCUGGUGGAACAGACCUUUGUGGAUAUUCACUCCAGAUUUUUCAAGGAUUGUCCCACAGAGCAGCUAAGCGACCCACCCCCAGUCAUCGUCUUUGCCUUGGUGAUAACUCCCAUCUGUCUGAUCCCUGUCAUGGUUAGCCUUGUGGUGCUUAAGACCAAGAAUGCUGAUGGCAGCUCCUGAAAAUCCUGAAUCUUGGCCUUGAUCACAAUUCCCAAGAAUAUAACCUGUGCUCUCCCUCCUUUGCAAACCUAAGGACUACAGCUUGUUAACACAUACAUCUCAGCUGCGCUUUUAUCCCACCAGUGACCUUGAAGAGGACUGAAUAUUUCUGAGGAAUUCUAAAAUAUUUGCCACAGAGGAACCCUUUUGAGAAGAUGACACUGAUUCAGAGAUAAUGUCAUGAUCAGUGGCAUCACAAUGAUUGCAUCUUUUCAAUAACAACCUCCUUGAUGCUAACAGAGACACAAUGUGACAAAAUCCAUGUAACUAUAAAUUCCUGUUCCAUACUGUGACACGUUUGGUUUCAACCAACCCACUCAAGAUCUGAACAUUUAUCUAAUGGUUACAUUCAAUUUGCAGACGCUAUUCAGAAAACAAAGUUUGGUUUUCUACUUGAGAACCCAGUGUUCAGGGUUAUGAUGACAAAAGCUCUGGAGCUUGCAGAAGUUAAGUCAAAUGUAAUUGUGUUGACGCUCCUCUAUAUGUUGGACAGCAGUUGUGUUGAUGAAAGACAAGGUAAUUUUUUAUUACUGAACUCCUGAACUCUUCUAAUGCAAUUUUAUUUUGCUGCCAAUCAAACUGAACUCUGCUUUGAGCCAUUGAUUCAACAAUGUACAAUAUGUAUGCGGGGGACAUGUGCAACCUAAACUGAUUUGAAGUCUGGAUUAGAUAAGGUAUACAGCCACGUUUGAUCUAGAAAAAGUUCUCUCUAUGUGUAAAGAAAGGACAGGAAAACAAGUAUGGUGUGAUGCAUGGAUCUAGUUAUGUGUGUCAUAGCUUGUGUAAGGUUUGAGGUCAGAGGUUACAGAUGGGACACAAUAAGCUGAUAUACCUAGAAAGGGAGAUUUAUUUCUUGGUAUUGUCUAUUUUUGAACAGUAAGAAACCCUUUAGCACUUUCUCCUGUCCAAACCACUGCAAUCCUCAUGAUCACACAAUAAGGUAAAUGAAGUAAAGUUUAUGUAACAUCUCCAUCCAGAUCAGACAAAAACCCACAGACAGACAGCAUAGCGAUAAACACUGAACAACGACACAAAGAUAACAUGUUAUCUUUCAACAGAAUCACGAUAAUGUCACGUAUUGUUUAGUCUUGGAUGACGAUAAAGCCAUUGUAAGUGCUUUCAGAUUUGGAAAUAAAAUGUGUAUUUAUAUACUGUGUUAUAUUUCAGCCAUCGUCAGGGCUUAGUGGACUUACUGUAUCAUCUGAGAGAUAACCCAUUCUGCCUGCUCUCACACCAUUUACUGUAUGUAUUUUAAUAUACU